AUGUCUUCUGCUGAGUCCACUACUGAAAAGCGAAAGGUUGCCUUGAUCACCGGUAUUACGGGUCAGGAUGGUUCCUAUCUUGCUGAGUUGUUAUUGUCCAAGGGAUAUGAAGUGCACGGAAUCAUUAGACGCUCUUCUUCAUUCAACACUGGAAGAAUCAACCAUCUUUACAAGGAUCCUCACAAUCAGGGUGUCCGUUUCUUCCUUCACUAUGGAGAUCUCACCGAUUCUUCCAAUCUGUGCGGACUGAUGGCCAAGAUCCAGCCUGAUGAGAUCUACAACUUGGGAGCUCAGAGCCACGUCAAGGUGUCUUUCGAUCUUUCCGAGUACAGUGCUGAGGUGGAUGGCAUCGGUACCCUCCGUCUGCUCAAUGCUAUCCGUACUUGUGGACUCGAGAAGAAGACUCGUCUCUACCAGGCUUCUACCUCCGAGUUGUACGGCAAGGUGCAGGCUAUUCCUCAGAACGAGAAGACCCCUUUCUAUCCUCGUUCCCCUUACAGUGUUGCCAAGCAAUUCUCUUAUUGGAUCGUUGUAAACUAUCGUGAAGCCUACGGAAUGUUCUUGUCCAACGGUAUUCUCUUCAAUCACGAGUCGCCGCGUCGAGGUCCCACUUUUGUCACUCGCAAGAUCACGCGCGCUGUUGUCCGCAUCAAGCUGGGCGUGCAGGAUUGCCUCUAUCUCGGAAACCUCAACGCCAUUCGUGACUGGGGUCAUGCUCGCGACUACGUUUAUGGAAUGUGGCUGAUUCUGCAGCAAGACCAUCCGGAUGAUUUCGUGCUGUCUACUGGAGAGGGCCAUACUGUGCGUGAGUUCUGCGAGAAGGCCUUUAAGCGUGUGGGAAUUGAAGUGGAGUGGAGAGGAGAGAAGGAUACUCCCAAUGAGAUUGGUGUGGAUAAGGCCAAUCCGGAGCAUGUGAUUGUGCGUAUUGAUCCGAAGUACUUCCGUCCUACUGAGGUCGAUUUAUUGAUUGGUGACUGCACCAAGGCCAAGACUGUUUUGGGAUGGAAGAAGGAAGUCUCGUUUGAUCAACUUGUGGAGGAGAUGGUGGACUGCGAUAUGAAGUCUGCUGAGUCUGAUCUUCGUUUUUACAAGUUGGGAGGCGAUCGGAUGAACGAGGAGAAUGAGGAAUUAGUGGUUGUAUAAAAACUCCGUUCUUUGUUUUCC